AUGACAUAUCGUAAUAACGUGAUUUACCUUGUAACAGCAAUUGCGCCCUAUACACGCACAUGUCGAGGUUGCGGACGUUUUCUCAUUGAAUUGACCUAUUUGAUAUCUCAAAAAGAAGGACAAGUUGGCACGCCAGAACGACCCUUAUCGACAUUAGGUGCACAAACCUAUGAAGCAUACUGGAAAAUCAAAAUCGUUGAACAAUUACUCGUGUAUUACAAUGAAAACAGUCCGAAAUGUUUAUUAAAAACGAUAAUGAGUAGAACAGGAAUGGCUAUUGAUGAUAUUGUCGACACGUUACAGAAUCUAGGCAUUUUAACAAUGAAAUCUAAUGGCAAGCCAGUUAUAUCUGCCGACGUGACACAGUUAGAAACGAUAAUGACCAAAGAAAAGAUCAAACAUGCCCAUUGGGUGAAAAUCGAUAGUGAAUAUCUUCGUUUUACUCCGGUACUGACACCGCUAUUGCUGGCUAACGAAGAAAAAGCUGUGGAAAAAGAAGUGAAAGAAAUACAAAUUGUGUUCAAGGAAAUCGGCCGUGAAGCAGCUGAAGCAGCAUCAUUAGCAGCCGAAGCAGCAGAUGCCGAAAUCAUAGCAAAUGAUAUUGAUGAACAUUCUCAAGCUCAGCUGAAAGAAGACACCGUUGAUAUAAUCAACAAUAAUCAUGUAGAGAAAGAAGAAGAAGAAGAAGAGCCAACAUCUUCUUUGAAUCGAUCUGAAACGGCAAUCAAACCAGUGGAAAUCACUGAAGAUCAGUUGCCACCACGUUCGACAUCACCUACAUCAAUGAUUGUUUCUCAAUCAAAUCAUUACAACUAUUCGACUAAAAACAAACAACAGCAACUACAACAACCGCACCAAGCAACACCAGUCAAUAGUUUUCAUGGAUCUACGAAUAUGACUUAUAGUUUUAAUAACUCAGUAUAUCCAUAUCGUUACCCAUCGGAUAGGAACUAA